AUGUCAGCAGCUGCAGGUCGAGCGGCUAGUAAAGUCGGUCAAGCAGCCAGCAAGGCCGGGGCAUCAGCUGGCAAUGUAUCGAAGAAGAUCAACGAAGUUGGAGGCAAAGGAUCAGAUAACCCCGUGAACAAGGGGGCGAAGAGAGAUCCCGAACUUUAUGUAUACCUCUCAUGGCCUCAAUCUAGCUAUGCAGACAUCCUGACUUCUUCGGAGGCAACAGUAGCCAUGGCUGAAGGAUCGGCACCGUGGCAGACAGAAGGCCGAGGGGGCUCGGGCGAGGACUUCAAAUAUCAAUAUCAUCCUGGUGGGGAUCGGAGUAAACCGAUAAAGGACGCUCCGAGUGCGUUGAAUAGCGUUAUUGUGCCAAAUGUAACGGCUCCAAAGGUAAUGUGA